AGGAACUACUUCGCAUUUAAUUUGCACCAUUGGACUAUACACAACAUAACCACAGCAAGAGGAUUGUUAUUUGAUUUAUUUUGACGCAGUUGCAGGGCAACUAUGUACACUUGAAAGUCACUUUUGUCACUUGUUUUCAAAUCAUGCAUGUGGGAUACCUUUUGGAUAAAGAAGGCAGCAUGUAUCACCAAGGACCUGUAAGACGAUCGGGCAUCAACAUCCCACCACAGAACUUUGUUCCCACGCCACAAUAUUCCGACUUUACUGGAUACCAUCAUGUGCCAAACAUGGAUACGCACGCACAGUCUUCGGGGGCUUGGGGAGCUCCUUAUGGCGCACCAAGAGAGGACUGGGGCGCCUAUAGUCUGGGUCCUCCUAACACUAUUCCUACGCCCAUGAACAACUCAUCGCCGGGACAAGUUUCCUAUUGCUCACCUGAAUACAAUCCCAUGCACGCGCCAGGGUCAGCAGUAUUGCAACCACCUCCAGAUAAUAUUUCUGUUGCUCAACUUUCCCCGGAUAGAGAAAGGCGCAAUUCUUCUUACCAGUGGAUGAACAAAACGGUACAAUCAUCUUCCACGGGCAAAACAAGAACGAAGGAGAAAUACAGAGUGGUUUACACCGACCACCAGAGACUGGAGCUGGAGAAGGAGUUCCAUUUUAAUCGUUACAUCACUAUCAGAAGAAAGUCGGAACUUGCGGGGAACCUUGGCCUUUCAGAACGACAGGUGAAGAUCUGGUUUCAAAAUCGCCGAGCCAAGGAAAGGAAAUUAAUCAAAAAGAAAAUGGGAUCUGAUGGCAGCGGAGGAUCAGUGCACAGUGACCCGGGAUCAGUGAGUCCUCUGCCGGUACCAGGCUCACUCAGUCCGUCGGAUAUUCACGGCUCUCUCUACCCACCCCCCGGAAUGAACACCUUGGCAUCUAUUAGGAACAUACAGCAAGUUACUGUCACUCAGUAGAAUCGAAUUUGGACCAUCCAACAUAACUGAGCACUCCGACACGCUGAAAGGACAGUUCCGCAAGACUUGGCUCCCAAUGGAUUACUCAGACGUCCUGAAGCACAUGUUGUGGAUUACGAGAAAUCGAGAAACAAGAUGAUUUAUAAUUGCAACGAAAUGCUGGAGGCUCUUCAAAUAUACUUUUUUAUAGAAUAGUUCUAAUAAUAAAAUAAAAACAUACAAAAAAUAAAUGUAUGGUUCAGAAAUGUAAUGCUUAACAUGUUUGUUUGUGUCUGAGUUAUUGAGAUAGGCAAUAUAAUUUUCUGUAUGUGAUAAGGUGUAUACGUUUGUUAAUAAAAUGAGAAAUCACGUAGGCAUUACAUUUUAUUUGAAGUUUAACUGGACAGAAAAGGCAUAUUAUUAAUUUUGAGUUUCUGUUUGACAAACUUUUAGUAUUUUCUGCUCCAAUUUGAUUGCAAAGCACACUUCCUUAAUACGGGGAAAGUGAGGCAGGUUUUAAGAGUGAUACGGGUAGAACGUUUGUCUGAUGGCAACGUUCAAAAUGAAAAUAAAAUGUGUUUUUUUGCAAUAACGUUAUAUCGUUUUCUACUUAUUUCAUUGACUGGAAAAGUAUAGCGUACUACUGCAUAAUAACAGGAAUGUGAGUGUGCAUAGGCUUACUGUUUUCUAAAACACUUUAUUGUUGAUGUAUAUAUUUUAUAUUUCAAAACCAUACAAAUGAUUUAUCAAGGGCUUCAUUCAUUAGGCUAUUGCAGUUAACAUGCUCUUAAAUUGUUUAUCGCCCUUCUGUUUCUUUUCCAAACUAUAAGGAUGGGAUUAAAGUUCAUUCUGACCACCCAGC